AUGUCGAGCGCGGACAGAAUUGACUUUGAAAUGGAGGUAGAAGUGGAGAGUGCCUCCUCGGGACCGGCUGUAGAUCCUCCUAACCCCACAUCUCCAGCUCCACCGACGAUCGGGAGCAAGAGCGUAGUGACCACGGCUACAACUGGCUCUGUCACUGUAUCUCUUCACCCUUUGGUUAUUAUGAACGUUUCUGAACAUUGGACACGACUACGGGCGCAAGAAGGAUCUCCACAGACAGUUAUUGGAGCUGUAAUUGGCAAGCAGAAGGGGCGCAACAUAGAAGUGAUGAACUCAUUUGAAUUAGUCUUUAGUGUUAUUGAUGGAGACAUUAUCAUAGAUAGGGAUUAUUACAAUUUGAAAGAAGAACAAUUCAAACAAGUAUUCUCAGACAUGGAUUUUCUGGGUUGGUAUACAACAGGUGACACUCCCACAGAGCGGGAAAUUGCUGUACACAGACAGAUCUGUGACAUCAAUGAGUGUCCCGUCAUGCUCAUGCUGAAUCCCGCUGGAAGAAACGGAGAUCAACUACCAGUAGUUUUGUAUGAAUCUGUGAUAGAUGUAGUAAAUGGCCGUGCCACAAUGUUACUUGCACCUCUUACUUACACAUUGGCUGCUGAAGAGGCUGAGAGGAUUGGGGUGGACCAUGUCGCUAGGGUUUCUUCAGGAGAGGCAGCUCUCAAUAGUUUAGUGGCUGAGCAUCUAACAGCGCAGCGAUCGGCAAUCAAAAUGUUAGUAUCUCGGGUGCGAGCCGUGUUAGCGACGGUACGCGCCAUUCGAGAUGGCACACUCCCCCCGCGUCCUGCGCUUUUGAGGGAAGCGCGUGCGCUCUCAAACAGGUUACCGUUGCUCACUUCACAGCAGUUCCGAACACAUUUCUAUAACCAAUGCAACGACGUAGCGCUAAUGACCUAUCUGGGAACGAUCACGAAGGGUUGCAACGCCAUCAAUCAGCUCGUAAAUCGGUUCAAUGUGUUGUACGACAGACAGGGCAUGGGACGACGUAUGCGCGGCCUCUUCUUUUAGGGCGGACAUUAAUACAACAGAGCAUAGGGCGAGUGGAAGAUAUGUGAGUCACUUCUCUUUGUCCACACUCUUCAAAACAUUUGGUAAAUAUGAAGUGUGCUAUAUUAGACUCAGUGUUUAAAAUAUAGACUUUACAAAAUCUGUUGUCUAUUGUUUACUGGUAUUUUGGAGACGCCAUCGCUUAAUGUAAUGCAGAAUCUCAAAUUUAUCUAUGCUAUGAUGUAGUGUUGUUAUUACCAGAAAGUCAGUGAGUUCACUUGAUGUUUUUAACAUGAUUCUGUAAUGUGAUAAUAAAAGGAACUAAAUAUACGGUUUUGUAGCGUAUAUUUUGACCAAAUGCUUGUUACAUAUCACUGAAGUUCUUUUUAAUGUCGAAGUUGGUCAUCUAAUUAUAUACGCUAGUAUAUGGUAACACUUACCUACUUGUUAUGUCAUAUAAUGUCUUACAAGUAUGUUUGUCAAUUUGUAGCUAUAUAUUUUUUUUCCAUAUGUCAUUGUAUGGGACACUACAGAUAUCAAAGAUGAGUUGAUGGCUCUUUAACAGUAAACAUACUUUAAUUAAUAAGACAAUUAACUUUCCAAUUGUAUUUAACAACUUAACUGAGAUUUAAUAUUUUCCAUUCAUUCUAUCCUCGAAGCAAUGUUUUUUCCGGUUUUUGUGUCAGCAUUAUCAGACAUGUU